UUGUUAUACCACAUAUCUAAUGUAAUGAUUGCAAAUUUUUUUGUAUGAUCAGUGCCAUUCAGGAUACUAGCUCAAAUAUUUCUUAAUUGUAGUUAUUAGCAGUAGUCAAUUCAAAUACAGUGUUCCAACAUUUUACGAUAUUCCUCAUAUUUCCAUGAAUUCUAAAGUGAAAAGGCUAGAGAAUGAAACAAAAAGCGUUUGCAACUUUUUUUCAAACUAGAAGAGGGAGGGUUUGAUACAUUUUAAACCUAAGAAAAUUUCGUAAUCGUAUAUUUUUAGUAUCUCCAACAUAUUCGAGUAACCAAUAGGAAUGCAAAAUUAUCCGCCCUCGCGAUCCACGUGUGUGUGGUGAUAUUUUAUGUAGUUUUGUCCAUUUCACUUGUGCUAAUGCCAGCCCUUUUUAGUUUUGUCGGUAAUUGUGAAAUAUUUCCUCUUUGAGAUUUAAAUGGAGACAACAGACGAGAAACAACUAAAGUCCUUAUGUAAGCUCUUUAUUGGCGGGCUACCUCGUACAAUUACAGACGAAGAUCUUGAAGCAUAUUUCUUGCAAUUUACCCCUGACGAAUCACUUAGUGACUGCGUUGUGAUUAAAGAUCCGGAAAAGCAAUCGCGAGGAUUUGGUUUCGUCACUUUCAAUCGACUUGUUGACACCGACAACUGUUUAACGAAUUGUCCACAUGUAAUUGGUGGUAGACAAGUUGAGGUUAAACAUGCUAUACCAAGAACUGAGCAACAAAAUGUAAAUCAUGCACGUACUAACAAAGUAUUUGUCGGAGGCCUACCGAGAGAGGCGACUGAGGAAGAUAUAUCAGAAGCCAUACAGAAUCAUGUGUUAGGGUGUGGUGAGAGCUUAAAUGCAAAAGUUUCAAAAGUUAACAUUGUUAUGACAAAAAAUGAGGAUGGUAUAAAUCCACCAGUAUCACGUGGGUUUGCUUUUGUUGAAAUGGCAACUGAUGCAGAUGCUGAUAAAGUUGUGAUUGUGAAACUCUUUAAAAUUGCUGGAAGAGAAGUGGAAUUGAAGAAAGCUGAACCAAAAGGAGGCUUGGGCAGAGGUUAUCGUGGUAGAGGUGGCAGGGGUUCUGGCCACUUUCGUGGCGGUGGAGAAAGAUGGAAUGGUGUUGGCUAUAAUGGCAAUCCUUACACAGAUGCAGGCUUUGGUUUCAGUGGUGGAUAUUCUGGCUAUGAAUCUUAUGAUGGUGGUUAUUUUGGUCAUGGUAAUGAAGGUAUGUUUGGUCGGUAUUCCCAACAAGAUUCAGGAUUUGGUCCCUUCCGUGGGGGAAGACCUAGAGGUGGUGGUUACAGUCAAGCUCCAUAUUGAUAUAUUUUUUGUUGUGUUGAUAUUUGUUUCAGCCUGAAGUCUAGUUUGGGUUCAAGUCUCUUAUUUAGUGAAAACACUUAAAUGCUUUUGUGGAUAAGAGUUUGUUUCUGUGAACUUAAAUUGCAAAGUAUUCAACUGCUGCAUGGUGGUUACAAUUUUUGCCAAAAACUAUUGGACAAUAAUAAAAAUGCAUGACACUUCUCUUGUCAAUCUCUCAUUCAAUGGUUAUCUCACAGGGAUUGAAAUAUGGUUGGGUUAAUAAAAACAGAUAGAAAUUUAACAAUGCGUGUACAACUAUUAGGAUUCGUAUAUUAUCAGUAUAUAUUAAUAUAUCGCCAAAAAUUGUAGAGUAUUUAGUAAAUUCUAUUGUUUCCCCCAUUGUAGUUUCAGGGUGGCUUGGCAAACCCAAGAAAGUUUAAAAUUACUACGUAUGCAUUCCAGUUGUCAAUAAUAUUGUAAAUAGCAAGUUUUGUGUUAGUGUUAUUGAACAAAAAUGCGUUUAUCAGACUGGGACUGACGUAAAUAUUGUGGGCUUGUUUGCUUUUGUUUGCUAGUGCUGUAACUGCGGUCGAUCCGUCUGCGUUAUUUGUAAUCACGUUCAAGAAAAAUUCAAAAGAAACGGCGUAAAAAUGGCCCAGAGGAUUUAAUUUUAUGUUACUUACUAUUAAAGUGAGGCGAAGUUACCUAGGAAGACUUUGUGACAACUCAAUGGUUUUGAGCGGUCCGUAAA